GCUCCCUCAGCCACCACCAUGUCUCGGGGCUCCUCUGCUACCUCUGUGGAUGACAAGACCUUGCUCCUGGAGUACCGAUGCCACCCAGUGCGGCCAGAACCGCCCAGCCCGACAUGUUCCUCUGGGAAGCUCAGCCCCACCACGGCUCCCAGUGCCACCUCAGUGUCCCCCCUGGGCUCCCCCACCUCGGCCGAGCCCCGCCGCAUCGUCCUGAGCACGCACAGCCCUGCUGCGCUCAAGGUGGGCACGCAGCAGCUCAUCCCCAAGAGCUUGGCCGUGUCCUCCAAGCCCAAGAACAGCCCCUCCAGGCCCCAGAGCCUCGGGGCCAGCCGGGAGCCCCUGAGCCCCGACCCAAAGCGGGCGGCCGUCCCCGUGCUGGCCCUGCAGGCGGAGGAUGAGGAUGAUGGCGGAGGGGCCCUCAAGCGCAACCUGAGGAACAUGUCCUACCGCGCGGCCAUGAAGGGGCUGGGGGCUGACAUGGAGCCAGCCAAGGCCCCACCAUCACUGAAACCCGUGUCUGAGGAUGGCAGCACCCUGCCUGACCGCAGCCCUGGCAGGAGCAAGAAAACCCUCGGGCGGAAGCGGGUGCAGAAGCGUGGUGGCUCCUUCAAAGACCAGCCCCAGCUGUACCAGGAGAUCCGUGAGAGAGGCCUGAACUCUGUCAGCCAUGAGUCAGACGAGGACUUGCUGGAGGAGGCCCUGCCGGAGGAGCCGUCCCCUCUGGGUGCUGCCAUCGUGGUGCAGAGCUACCGCCCGGCCCAGGUCACCUGGAGCCAGCUCCCAGAGGUCCUGGAGUCGGGCAUCCUGCAGAGGAUCUCCCCCGAGGAGCGCAAGAGGCAGGAGGCAAUGUUUGAGAUCAUCACUUCUGAGUACUCCUACAUGCACAGCCUGAACAUCCUGGUGAGCCACUUCAUGAGGUCAGAGGAGCUGAAGGAGACCAUGACUCAGACAGAGCACCACCACCUCUUCUCCAACAUUGGGGACAUCCUGACAGUCAGCAAGAGCUUCUUUGAGGACCUGGAGAAGCGGCACCAGGAGCACCUCCUGAUCCCCGACAUCAGCGACAUCGUGGAGGAACACGCCUCGAAACACUUCAACCCCUACAUCAGCUACUGCUCCAAUGAGGUCUAUCAGCAGAGGACGCUGGAUAAGCUGCUAACCACAAACCCCUUAUUUAAAGAGACCCUGAAACAAAUUGAAAGGAAGCCAGAGUGUGGAGGCCUGCCAAUGAUCUCAUUUCUCAUUCUGCCCAUGCAGAGGGUAACACGGCUUCCUUUGCUCUUAGAUACCGUGCAGCAAAAAACAAACGCGCGCACCGCAGCGUACGGAGCUGCCACCCGCGCUGUGAAGGCCAUCAGCAAGCUGGUCAAGAGCUGCAAUGAGGGAGCUCGGGCUAUGGAGAGGACAGAGCAGAUGUACACCUUGCAGAAACAGCUGGAAUUUGGGAAGAAGAAGCCUUUCCCACUGAUCUCGGUGUCCCGGUGGCUGCUGAAGCGAGGGGAGCUGCACCUGCUGCUCUCGGAGGAGGCUGGAAUCUUCCGCCGCGGCGCCGGCCGCCUCUGCCACCUCUUCCUCUUCAACGACGUCCUCAUCAUCACCAAGAAGAAGAGUGAGGAGAGCUACACGGUCAUGAACUACGCCACGCUGGACCAGGUCACCGUGGAGAAGGUGGAGAGCUCAGAGCCACCCUCCCCUCCUCCUGGCAAGGCUGGUGGGCACCUGCUCCGAGUGGUGCUGGAGAAGGACAGCGAGGGACGGCGGGAGGAGGUGGUGCUGUCAGCAGAGACCCUGAGUGACCGGGCCAGGUGGAUUGCAGCUCUGAUGCACAGGGAGAAGGAGCAGCCUGACCAAAUACCCAAAGGAGACCUGAGCCAAGUGGAGAUCACCCGUGCCUACCUGGCCAAGGAGGCGGAUGAGCUGUCCCUGCAGCAGGCAGAUGUUGUCCUGGUGCUGGGGGAAGAGGAUGGCUGGUGCUGGGGGGAGCGUUUGCGGGACGGGGAGCGGGGCUGGUUCCCCCAAUCCUGUGCCAGGCCCAUCACCAGCCGCGUGGCCGCCGAGGGCAACGUGCGGCGCAUGGAGCGGCUGCGCAUCGAGACCAACGUGUAG